AUGCUUGCAAAUGAGAGCACGGAGCCAACUCUCGCAGAACUAACAGAAGCUGCUAUUAGGGCUUUGAGCCGUAACGAGAAAGGAUUCUUCUUGUUCGUUGAAGGAGGACGAAUUGAUCACGCGCACCAUGAGAAUUUGGUCCAGCUUGCUCUGGAUGAAACCAUAGAGUUGCACGCCGCAGUGGCUCGUGCUGCUGAAAUGUUGUCGGAGGAAGACUCGCUUAUAGUGACUACGUCAGACCACGCGCACGUGAUGGCUUUCAACGGUUACACUCAUCGCGGCGGUGACAUUCUUGGUCCCUCGGACGACAUCGGCGCUGACGGGGUGCCGUAUAUGACCUUGUCGUACACAAAUGGCCCUGGUUUCCGCCCACACGAUUCACACGGCGUCCGUGAGGAUGUUACGCAGUCUGAUUACCACGGGGUGGAGUUCAUGGCGCCGGCGGGCGUGCCCCUCGAGGCCGAGACCCACGGCGGCGACGACGUGGCGGUGUUCGCGCGCGGGCCCCACCACGCCCUGUUCUCGGGGCUGUACGAGCAGAGCCAGCUGCCUCACCUCAUGGCGUACGCGGCCUGCCUCGGCCCAGGGCUCCACGCCUGCGAC